AUGUCCGUAUCCGAUUUGGUUCUGGCUGAGAAGACGGUGCCAAAAAUGUCAACAUACGAAGUGACCGUUUUUACUGGAAACAGGAAUUGGGCCGGUACUAGCAACAACAUAUACAUCAAACUUAUUGGUCGCACUGGGGAAAGUGAUCGUACAUGUAUUACGCCGCUCCUAACGACAGGCUUCUGGAGUGGACAACAAACAAAUGUCCGUCUAAGUUGUUCUGAGUCUCUGGGAGAUCUGAUAAUGGUGGAACUGGACAAGCAGUCAGUGAUACAAAAUGACUCCUGGUUUGUGGACAAAGUUGAAGUGCAAUCUCCAGAAGGAAAAGUCUUCAAGUUCCCCAUGUACCACUGGAUCCAGAAUGAAAAGGUUCAUUCUUUCAUGGAGGGAACAGCUCAGAUCUUGUCACAAGACCAACAUCACCUCACCCUCGCUGCUAGGAAGAGGGAGUUGCAGCUCAGGAAAUAUGAAUACUGUUGGACGGUUUACUCCGAGGGCCUUCCUCACUGCAUCAAAGCUGAGAGUGCGUCUGAUUUGCCUCCUGAAGUUCAGUUCUCCUUCACGAAGGACAUGGAAAUCAAAUGGAAUGUAACAGUAGUGAUGUUGGAGCUGAAACUGGCACAUUUUAAAGAUAGUGCAAUUCCUUGGUCUGAUAUGGAUUCAAUUAAAGCCAUGAAUUCUCGCAGCAAAACAACUGUCACAGAAUACGUGGAGCAGAACUGGGAGAAGGAUGAGUUCUUUGGUUACCAAUAUCUGAAUGGACUGAACCCCAUGAUGAUCCGCCGCUGCAGCUCUCUGCCUGCAAACUUCCCAGUCACAGACGACAUGCUGCAUCUGGAAGGAUUCACUUUGGAACAAGAGAUGAAGAAUGGCAACAUGUUCCUGUGUGACUACAAAAUGUUGGAUGGAGUGAAGACAAAUAUUAUCAAUGACAAAAAGCAAUAUCUGGCGGCUCCUCUUGUUCUAUUUCACAAAACCUCUGAUGACGAGCUGAAGCCAGUGGCCAUUCAGCUCAAACAGACUGCAGCAGAGGACAACCCCAUCUUUGUCCCCACUGACACAAAGUAUGACUGGUUACUGGCCAAGACCUUUGUGAGAGCGGCAGAUUUCAUGGCUCAGGGGCAGAACAGACACCUGCUGCGCACUCACCUGCUGAGUGAGGUCUUCUCUGUGUCUCUGCUGAGAAACUUUCCCAGGGUGCAUCCUCUGUACAAGCUUCUGGUUCCUCACACUCGUUACACUCUGCAUAUCAACAUCAGGGCCAGAGAGAGGCUGAUUUCUAAAGACGGGAUUUUAGCACAGAACAGCGCCUGUGGAGCAGAUGGAAUAAUCACCAUCCUGCAGAGGGCGCUGUCCUCGGUCACCUACAGCUCCCUGUGUGUCCCAGACAACAUUAAGGAGAGAGGAGUGGAGAAGGUGCCCAACUACUACUACAGAGACGACGCACUCAAGCUUUGGGACAUCAUGCACAGGUUUGUGACAGGAGUGAUAAAGCACUACUACAAGAACGAUGCGGAGGUCAAAGAUGACUCUGAGCUGCAGGCUUAUAUCAAGGAAAUAUUUGAAUAUGGCUUUCUGUCUGAAACAGAAAGCGGAAUCCCACAGACGUUCUGUACUGUGGAUGAGUUGGUGAAGUUUGUGACUAUGGUCAUUUUCAAUUCCUCAGCCCAGCACACAGCUGUCAACAAUGGACAUCUCCAGGCCGCAGCCUCGCCCCUCAACCCAGGCCCCCUGGCUGGACCAUCCGCGUGGGCAGCCGUCUAA